UCGGUGGUCGAAGUCAUGGCGUCCCAAGUGCCUCGUGUGAAGCUAGGUUCCCAGGGUCUGGAGGUGUCGCAGCAGGGACUGGGGUGCAUGGGCAUGAGCCAGUUCUGUGAGCCUCCUCCGCCGGAGCAGGUCAUGAUCGACUUGAUUCACCACGCUGUCGAAAGAGGGGUCACAUUUUUGGACACUGCGGAUAUGUAUGGGCCUUUUACUAACGAGAUGCUUGUGGGCAAGGCAAUCAAGGGCAUUCGGGACAAAGUGCAGAUCGCUACGAAGUUCGCCAACUACAUCGACGAGAAUGGAAAUUACAGCGUAAGAGGUGACCCUGAGUACGUGCGAGAAGCAUGUGAAGGAAGCUUGAAGAGGCUGGGAGUGGACUGCAUCGAUCUCUACUACCAGCAUCGUGUCGACACCAAAGUUCCGAUCGAGAUAACGGUAGGGGCGAUGGCGGAGCUGGUGAAGGAGGGAAAGGUGGAGUAUCUGGGGCUGUCGGAGGCGUCAGCGUCCGAAAUUAGGCGUGCACAUGCGGUGCAUCCCAUCACUGCGGUGCAGAUGGAAUGGUCACUGUGGGCUCGUGAUAUCGAGGAAGAUAUUGUUCCCACUUGCAGGGAGUUGGGAAUCUCAAUUGUGUCAUAUAGUCCUCUGGGUCGUGGCUUUUUCGCGGGGUUUAAAGCACAGGAAGCCAAAGAAAAUGAUUUCCGGUCCUAUCACGUGAGAUUUACGGGAGAGAACCUGGAGAAGAACGAGAGACUGCGACAACGAGUGGUGGAGAUAGCGGAGAAGAAGAACUGUUCGAUUAACCAGCUCGCUCUGGCAUGGGUUCAUCACAAAGGCAAGGACGUGGUACCCAUACCCGGUACGACGAAAAGGAAGAACCUGGAUUCCAACAUCGAUUCAUUGCAAGUAUCAUUGACAGACGAGGAGAUCGCAGAGCUGGAAGCAGCGGUGCCCCAGGAGGACAUUGCAGGAGACCGAUACAACCCAGAACAUGCGCACAACACAUGGCGCAACGCGAGCACACCACCCCUGUCUUCAUGGAAGUGAAGUUUUUGUUGUGAAGUAGGUCGGAAGAGUUUGAUGAUCAGUUUCUUGGAUCUCGUAGAAGUGACUUCGUCUAACAGUGUCCUGUGUGUCAAUGCAUCUACAAAUAAGAAGGCAGAUCAGACAACUUGUUGAUGUUUUAGGCUGCCGUGGUUGUUGUGUCAA